AUGAGAAUCAUCGAUUCGUUGGAGACAGUGAUCCGUCUCAUCCCCGAGAUCCAAUCCAUCCUGAUUGUGGACCGUGACGGUGUUCCGGUGGCCGGUGCCGGAGAAGAGGCGCGAAAUCGGAGCCAACUCACUUCCGCCUACGCCACAGCCCUGGAACAGGCCAACCGGCUGAAUAUCGGCGAACAGGAAAGCUGGGUGUUCCAAUACGAAGCCAGCCAACUGGUCGUCCUGCACUCCAAUCCAUUCGCCAUCUUCAUUUUGGCCACUCCAAAUGCGAACACGGGACUUUUGCGACAGCUGAAAGAUCGACUCCAACCCAUCCUAAAGGAGUGCCAGGAGACGAUCAACGAAGCUCAGGCUCCUCAAGCGUGCUAA